AGGAUCUUGGUGACUGCUUUUAUUUUGAAGUACAUCCCGCGCGACGUCCGGCUGGGAAUGCCACAGCUGUUGCUAUGGAUGUGUUGGUGUCGUGACCUGGUUGCUACAGGCAGAGACGGACAGCGGCGCUCGGCUCAUGGACUUACUCGAGAAACACCAGGACAUUUUAGCUAAAAGAGCAGAGCUGCUGGAGGAGAUGGGGAGUCGCAGGGAGCAGCUAAACAUCCUGAGGAGGCAACAGGACUUACAGAAGAUAGAGGAUGGUCUUAAAGGGGGAAAGCUGCCACACCCACAUCUCCUGGCUCUGGAGACAAGGUAUUGGGUGUCUGUGGAAGAGUCCAUCCCAGCCUGGGAGCACUUCCUUCUGGGUAAAGGUCCACACCCAAUUGAUGGUCCAGGACAGACAGCAAGGAGAAACAAACAGAACCCCAGCAUAGCUCAAGACCAAGGCCUUCCUCCGCGGCCAAAACCACGGGCUGCCAGAUAGGUGAUUAUGAAGGUGCUACUGCAGCCUGAAGUAUCAAUGUUAUAGUUACAUGAUGCAAAUGAGCCCAAGUCAGAUGACUCUCAUACCCUGUUCAGAGCCGAAUUCCAUUUUUCUGCUGACCAAUGGGUUUCUAUGGUGAAUCAGGGCAUCAAGCGAUGAGAAGAAGCACAACUUUCUGACACCAACAGCAAGGUGCUUGUUAGUGAGGUGGAGGUGAAGUUCGACAGAUUGUUUGGUAGCCACAGCAGUGAUGUAAUUAAUAGAAGAACAUGCACGGAGUGAUAAAGCGUUGCUGCUGCGGUUAUUGAGAGAGAGAGAGAGUGAGUACAAAUCAGAGGACAGUGCCUGAAGUAAAGAAAGUGGUCACAUUUAAAGAUGAAGGCAAUAAAUGAUUGUUGUUUUCUCAUCGUCAGAAGGUGAGUGAACUUGAUUAAUCCCCUGUACGUAUUUGAAUCAUCCAAAAGUGCAGGAUUAUUAAAUUCAGAGACAGCUGCAAUAUUCCCAAUCUAUGAAUUUAGCAGAAUCGGUUCAGUUCCAUCAGGUCAGUCUGUCUAAUACUGGACUCAGUUCAGCACAAAGAUCCAGGUUCACAGCGCUGUAGAUUAUAAUUUAUAUCAGAUGAUGAGUUUUGUUUCCUACUUAUCCUUAUGUAUGCAUAGUCCUCUAUCAUUACAUGUGUAUCCAUCACGCAGCAUUAUUUAUUUUUACAGCAAUGGGACAGAUUACUUCACACAUCAGGUGUUCCUGACCUCCACUCUGAGACAUCAUUUGGAAAUUGAAGUUUAAAGGUGAACACAGUUUAUUUAUUUCAUGUAAGUUGUGUCUGCCUGACAGCACAGUCAUAUUCACUGCACCAUUUUACACACACAUAGGCUCUAUAUGAAUACUACAGUCAUACUUUGUGAUACAGGUGCAGUGUUAUAGAAAUAUAUUAUUAAAAACCAUCAAUCACUCUCUUCUGUAACUGUUAUUUUAUGCUAUUUUACCUUGAUUUGCUUCAAGUUGUUUUACAUAUUUUUCAAUUGAAGGUUCUUAUGGAACAAAUGUCGCAGAAGCACAAAUGACACUAUUCGUAUUAAUGAUGGAAGUGGAUCAAUAAUCUGGCUUCAUUUCACCUCCUCACCUCUGCAUUGCCACUUUCUUAUGCAUGUUUUCUCCUGAUCUGGGUCCUUUUGAGAUUAUGGUUGCAAUGCUGUGUAAAUCCCACUAGAGAGAGCCAGCGUUCCAGACAAAAGAAGGAAAAGCUUUUCAUCGUCAGAGGUAAACCUUCAUAAACUGUUCAGUCUGUCUGUUACAUUAAAUGACUUCUAUGCAUAUUUAUAUAUGAUUUUGUAGAUUUUAUGGAUAUAGAUUGUUAUUUUAACAACAUUGGCACAAUCUUACUGGUGAAAAAUAUCAAAAUGUGUAUUGAGAUAUCCAAUAAACAACUUGGGGCUCUGCAUAUUCUUUCAUUUCUUUCAUUUUUCAUUUGACAUCAUUAUUCAUGUUGUAGAUAAAUCAAUCAAUCAAUCAAAAUGUUAUUUGUAUAGUCCAUAUUCUCAAAUCACGAUUUGUCUCUUAGGGCUUUAACAAGGUGUGACAUCCUCUGCCCUUGACUCUCAACAAGAGUAAGGAAAAACUACUAAAAAAUCACUUGUCGAUGAUAAUCUAAAUCACCAGUGAUGUGGGGUCUGUGUGUAUCACCUCUUUAUGUUUUUAGUUGUCCAUCAGGUGUCCAUGAGAGUUUCAUAAACUGGUGAAGUUAAAAAAAGGGUUCUUGAGUGGUCUAAUUGAAAUCAUUAAUGUAAUAAGAACAAAGAUGGUAAAGCUUGUUAUUGCAGAUAUCAGCAACACUACCAGUGAACUAUGUGAUGAUAUAAUCAACAGAUUUGUACAUUUGUUACAGUUUUUGUACUUUCAAUAAACACU